CUUCUCUUUUCCUUCCCUCUGUUCAUUUACCCUGCUACUUCCACCACUGUUGUGCUACAAACAGAACACACAAUUUCUUAGCCGGAUCAAUAAAAUUUCCAUAAUCAAAUUGAAACCUCCCACUGCUCUUCUCUCAGCAACCAAGAGGUUUUCAUUAAUCUCUGCAAUGGCAGCAGUUGUGACUUCCUUCUUGCAAACUACUGUAGCAAGGCCCUCUGUUUUCUCUACUCGGAGAAUCUUUAGUGGGUGCUCGAAUGCUGAUGCUAAAGAAGUGUCAUGGAAUAGGCUUGCCAGUACUCAUCAUGUAUCAUCUGUACGGCAUUUGCAUCGUUCUUUCACGUCAGCAUCUCCAACAUUUGGAAAAGGUGUAACUAGGGCAAAAUUGGAAAGUGAUGAAAGCAAGCCUGUUACUGGUUUGCCAAUAAAUUUGAAAGGUAAAAGGGCAUUUAUAGCUGGCGUAGCAGAUGACAAUGGAUAUGGCUGGGCUAUAGCAAAGUCCUUGGCUGCUGCAGGUGCAGAAAUUCUAGUUGGAACCUGGGUACCUGCCUUAAACAUUUUUGAAACAAGUCUACGGCGUGGGAAAUUUGAUGAGUCACGUGUGUUGCCAGAUGGAUCUUUGAUGGAGAUUACAAAAGUAUAUCCCCUAGAUGCUGUUUUUGACAGCCCAGAGGAUGUGCCCGAAGAUAUAAAGGCAAACAAACGUUAUGCUGGAUCUAGUAAUUGGACUGUUAAGGAAGUAGCUGAAUGUGUAAAACAGGAUUACGGCAGCAUUGAUGUUCUUGUGCAUUCACUUGCUAAUGGACCUGAGGUUACUAAGCCUUUGUUGGAGACGUCUAGGAAAGGAUAUCUGGCAGCAAUAUCUGCCUCAAGUUAUUCCUAUAUUUCUUUACUCCAGCAUUUCCUUCCAAUAAUGAAUCCAGGUGGUUCUUCCAUUUCUCUUACCUAUAUUGCUUCUGAGAGGAUAAUUCCAGGAUAUGGAGGAGGCAUGAGUUCAGCAAAAGCUGCACUCGAGAGUGAUACAAGAGUGCUUGCUUUUGAAGCUGGAAGAAAGCAUAAAGUUAGGGUGAACACAAUAUCUGCUGGUCCAUUAAGAAGCCGUGCAGCAAAAGCAAUUGGGUUCAUUGAUAUGAUGAUUGAUUACUCAUCAGCCAAUGCUCCUCUCCAGAAAGAGUUGUCUGCAGAUGAAGUCGGGAACACGGCUGCCUUCCUUGCAUCGCCAUUGGCUUCUGCCAUUACUGGUGCGGUUAUCUAUGUCGACAAUGGCCUGAAUGCUAUGGGCGUGGGUGUUGACAGUCCCAUAUUUAAAGAGCUUGACAUCCCCAAGGCCAAGGACCAUUGAGGCUUAGUGUAGAGAGUUUGAAUCAUCACAACUAGUUUUUAUUUUCUAAUGGCUUUGCCAGCGGCUCAUAUAUAUGAGAUUUCCUAUUUUUGUAGAAAGUAUUGUUAGUCUGAUUAUCCAAACCCAAUAAAUUUGGGAGAUCCUUAGGCCAUCUGCAUCCAUGAUUUCUUUCCAGUUGCAA